AUGCUUCUCUCGCUGCAGCAGGAGCAGCAACUCUAUCCUAUCCCUCCCCCCCCACCAGCAGCAGCAGCAGCAGCAGCAGCAGCAGCAGCAGCAGAAGCGGCGGAGAAAGCGGCAGAGCUGAGAUUCAUUCAAAAGCUGCUGCUGCUGCCUCCCCCGGCGCGAGUUGCUGAUGCGAUGCAGCAGCUGCUGCAGCAGCUGCUGCUGCUGGGGGGCAACACAUCAUCACCCCACGCAAAUGCAUGCAUGCAGCAGCAGCAGCAGCAGCAGCAACAGCAGCAGCAGCAGCAGCAGUUGUUGGUGCCGUCAGGGAAAGCGAAUCGAUUGUUGUUUAUUGAGCUGCUGGGGCUGCUGCAGCCGGUUGCUUAUAUCUUAGAUAAAUACCCGCAGCAGCUGCUGCUGCCUCUGCUGCUGCUGCUGCAGCACGAGCUGCAGCAGCAGAUCUCCAUACAAACCCUAAAAAAUAAUGUUGCUGCUGCUCUGCAACGCAUCACAAACGUGAUUCAUCAAGACCCUGAAGCCCACAACCAAGCAGCAGAUGCUCACGCAGAGGCUCUGGAGAGUGCUGCUGAAGCAGACCCAGCAGCAGCAGAAAAAGCAGCAGCAGCAGCAGCAGCAGCAGCUGCUGCUGCUGCUGCUGCUCAAGCAGCUGUAGCAGAAUGCCAAAAAGCUGCUGCUGCAGCAAACCACGAAACAGAAACCACCACAGGCGGAGUAAUCACCGCUCUAGAUGACUUCUUUCAACGAUCCGAGACGUUUCGCGGUCACGUGCAGCCUCAUUUAUUGAUUUGUAAUUUAAUUUCUGUUGCUGCUGCUGCUGAUGAUCUUUUGGUGGUUUUGCUGCGGGAGUUUGCUGCUCUCUCUCUGCCCCCUUUGUCUCAGUCUGCUGCUGCUGCUGCUGCUGCUGCUGCUGCAGCAGCAGCAAACGGUGCUUCGCCUGCUGCUGCUGCUGCUGCUGCUGCUGCUGAGGGGGGGGCCACACAAAGCUGCGACCAAAUCAAAGACAGACUCCGGCAAAUACUGCAGCAGCUGCAGCAACUGCAGCAGCAGCAGCAGCAACAGCAGCAGCAGCAGCAACAGCAGCAGCAGCAGCAGCAGCAAACCAAAAGCGGAGAUAUCUUGGGGGCGGCUGAGGAGGGGGGGGGGCCCCAGGGGGGCCCCCCAGGGGGCCCCCUGGGGGCCCCCAUGGGGCCCUCUGGCGAGAACUGUGCUGCAGCGCAGCACGCUGCUUUCGCGUACAGCAACGGGUGGAGUUUGCCUCGUCUCCGCAACGACGGAAAUAUGAAACUAAAAGUAAACAAACUGACGCCUUACUACCUCCCUAGACACCGCAGCAGCAGCAGCAGCAGCAGCAGCAACAGCAGCAGCAGCAGCAGCAGCAGCAGCAGCAGCGAGAGCAGCGUUGCUGCUAUGUUUUCUGCGGGAGAAGGGUUUCCUGCAGCAGCAGCAGCAGCACAACCACCACCACCACCAGCACCAGCACCAGCACCAGCACCACCAGCAGCAGCAGCACCAGCAGCACCAGCAGCAGCAGCACCAGCAGCAGCAGCAGCAGCAGCAGCAGCAGCAGCAGCAGCAGCAGAAGAAGAAGAAGUAGAGAAUUCUUUGUCUUUUGAGCUAGAUGGUUUGUUUAUCCUCACCGGAGAAAACAUGAGCGGCAAAAGUACUUUAUGUAGAUCUCUCCUUGCUCUUGUUUUACUCGCUAACUGCGUGGUACCUCGUUAUUCUUCUUUUUUAUCUUCUUCUCACCUCUCUCACGACGCCCCAGCAGAAAGCAUUUCGUUUUUUUUGUAUGAGGCCCAGCAAAUAAAGUCUGUGCUGCAGCAGACACUAGACAGUGUAACUCCUGUUGCUGCUGCUGCUCCUGCUGCUGCUGCUGCUGCUGCUGCUGCUGGUGCUGCUGCUGGUGCUGGUGCUGGUGGUGCUGCUGGUGGUGCUGCUGGUGGUGGUGGUGGUAGUGCUGGUUGUGGCGGUGGGGGUGGUGCGCCAGCAGCAGCAGCAACAGCAGCAACAGCAGCAGCAGAUACAGCAGCAGCAGCAGAUACAGCAGCAGCAGCAGCAGCAACACCAGCAGCAGCAGCAGCAGCAGCAGCAGCAGCAGCAGCAAAGCGUCGUUUUGCUGCUCGUAGUUUUCUGAUAUUAGAUGAACCCUGCAAGGGCACAUCACCAAACUGCGGCGCAGGCAGUCAGCAGCAACAGCAACAGCAGCAGCAGCAGCAGCAACAGCAGCUGCUGCAGGAACCAGGACAGCAGCAGCAAGACAACGAUGCUGCGGCAGCAACCAGCAGCAAGUGGUGGUGUACAGAAGAAAGCAAUGACAAUAAAAUACAAACAGAAACAGCAGCAGCAGCAGCAACAGCAGCAGCAGCAGCAGCAGCAGCAGCAGCAGAAAAAGAAGAAGAAGAGAAAUAUAAAUAUGAACUUAAAGAAGGAAUUUGCUUCGCCUCGAAUGCUCUGCAUGCAGCAAGAAAGGCGGGGCUGCCGCAGCAGCUGCUGCAGCGUGCUGAGGAGCUCAAAGAAAUACUGGAGCAGCAGCAGCAGCAGCAGCAGCAGCUGCAGCAGCAGCAGCUGCAGCAGCAGCAACUGCAACUGCAGCAGCAGCUGCAGCAGCAGCUCCAGAUGCAGCAACUCCAACUGCAGCAGCAGCAACUCCAGCUGCAGCAGCAGCAACAACAGAAGCUGCAGCAGCAACUGCAGCUGCAGCAGCAACAACACCAGUUGCAGCAGCAGCAACAACAGCAGUUGCAGCAGCAGGUGCAGCAGCAGCAGCAACCACAACAAUUGCAACAGCAGGUGCAGCAGCAGCAACAACAACAACAGCUGCAGCAGCAGCUGCAGCAGCUGCAGCAACAACAGCAGCAACAAGAGCAGUUGCAGCAGCAGCUGCAGCAGCUGCAGCAACAACAGCAGCAACAGCAGCUGCUGCAGCAGCAGCUGCAGCAGCUGCAGCAACAACAGCAGUUGCAGCAGCAGCUGCAGCAGGUGCAGCAGCAGCAACAGCAGCAACAGCAGCAGCAGCAGCAACAGCAGGUGGAAGGGGAGAAGGAGGAAGCACAAAAGAAACAGCAGCAACAAACACAGACUCAACAGCAGCAAGACGAGCAGCAGCAACAGCAGCAGCAAAAACAACAACAGCAGCAGCAGCAACAACAACAACAGCAACCGCAACAGCGACAGCAUAACCAGCAGCAGCAGCUGCACCACCACCAACAGCAGCAGAACCAGCAGCAGCUGCAGCAGCACCAGCAGCCACCGCAGCACCAGCAGCAGCCGCAGCAACACCAGCAGCAGCCGCAGCAACACCAGCAGCAGCCACAGCAACACCAGCAGCAGCAGCAGCAACACCAGCAGGAGCAGCAGCAGCCGCAGCAGCAGCAGCCGCAGCCGCCGCAGCAGCAGCCGCAGCAGCAGCACCAGCAGCAGCAGCCGCAGCAGCAGCACCAGCAGCAGCAACCGCAGCAGCAGCAGCAGCAGCAGCAGCAGCAUCAGCAGCACCAGCUCCAGCCGCAGCAGCACCAGCAGCAGCAGCCGCAGCAGCAGCACCAGCAGCAGCAGCCGCAGCAGCAGCAGCAGCAGCAGCAGCAGCAGGACUAUGGAUAUUCUGUGUUAUCAUCCCGCAUAAAAUCUGCUUCGAGUUUUAACGAAAAAAUAAAAAAAAUAAAAGAAACCCUCAUACAGGUGGUGAACCAAGGGAGACAGCUCGUCUAA